AUGGCUGUUUUAAACCCACUUAACCCUGUACAAAUCCUGAAUAUUGGUGCUGAAGAAGAAAAAUCUGAAAUUGCUCGUUUGUCUUGUUUUGCUGGAGCAAUCACAAUUGGUGAUCUCAUCAAAAGUACUCUUGGACCAAAAGGGAUGGAUAAGAUAUUACUGAAACAAGGCCGUGUUGAAUCAAUUGAAGUUACCAAUGAUGGUGCUACAAUUUUAAAAUCUUUGGGUGUUGACAACCCAGCUGCAAAAGUACUAGUUGAUAUUUCUAAAGUACAAGAUGAUGAAGUUGGUGAUGGAACCACAUCAGUUGUUGUUUUUGCUUGUGAAUUAUUAAAGGAAGCAGAAAAUCUUGUUCGAAUGAAAAUACAUCCACAAACCAUCAUUGCUGGUUGGAGAAAAGCUACUAUUGCAGCACGUGAGGCUUUGGAAAAUUCUGCUGUUGACAAUGGAAAUAAUCCUGAAAAAUUUCGACAAGACCUUAAAAACAUUGCUCAAACAACUCUAGGCUCCAAGAUUCUCAUCCAACAUCGUGAGCAAUUCUCUAGUCUUGCAGUAGAUGCUAUUCUCAAAUUGAAGGGCAAUGCUGAUAUAAGUGCUAUCCAAAUUAUAAAAAAAUUAGGUGGUGGAAUGGCAGAUUCAUAUCUAGAUCAAGGUUAUCUUCUUGACAAAAAGAUUGGUGUUAAUCAACCAAAACGAAUAGAGAAUGCUAAGAUUUUAGUUGCAAAUACACCCAUGGAUGCUGAUAAAAUCAAGGUAUUUGGCUCUCGAGUAAAGGUGGAUGCAAUCUCAAAAGUAGCAGAUCUUGAAGUAGCUGAAAGAGAAAAGAUGAAGGAUAAAGUGAAUAAGAUUUUGAAACAUGGCUGUAAUGUCUUUAUCAAUCGACAAUUAAUCUAUAAUUACCCUGAGCAGUUAUUCUCUGAUGCAGGAGUUAUGGCUAUUGAACAUGCUGAUUUUGAAGGAGUAGAACGUUUGGCUUUGGUUACUGGUGCUGAAAUAGUGUCCACUUUUGAUUCACCAGAAACUGUUAGACUUGGUCAUUGUGAUUUAAUUGAAGAAGUAAUGGUUGGAGAAGAUAAAUUAAUUAAAUUUUCUGGUGUUGCUCUUGGUGAAGCUUGUACCAUUGUGUUAAGAGGUGCAACACAGCAAAUUUUAGAUGAAGCUGAAAGGUCAUUACAUGAUGCUCUUUGUGUUUUAUCACAAACGGUGAAGGAAACUAAAACAGUUUGUGGAGGUGGUUGCAGUGAAAUGUUAAUGGCUGAAGCUGUUGUUAAUCUUGCUGCCAAGACUCCUGGUAAAGAAGCUGUUGCAAUGGAAUCAUUUGCUAAGUCACUUAGAAUGAUCCCAACAAUCAUCAGUGAAAAUGGUGGUUAUGAUAGUUCUGAUCUUGUUGCUCAAUUGCGUGCUGCUCAUACUGAGGGUAAAAACACUUAUGGUCUUGAUAUGACCAAUGGUACAAUUAAUGACAUGAGGUGUCUUGGAAUAACAGAGUCUCUUCAAGUAAAACGCCAAGUCCUGUUGAGUGGAUCAGAGGCUGCAGAAAUGAUUUUAAGAGUGGAUGAUAUUGUUAGAGCUGCUCCUAGGAAGCGACAACCAGAUAUGCGGUCACACUAA